CCAUAUUUUGUUGUUUCGUAUUUCCGACACCUGGUGGCGUUCGAGAUUAGUUACGAAGGAAUUACGUCGGAAAGUUUGUCACGUUUGAUUCAAUUGCUGGACUUUUAUUCGAGUAAAAAUGGCGAUGCAAAGAAAAACAAAUGUUCGACUUCCUCCAGAAGUCAAUAGGAUAUUGUACGUUCGUAAUCUUCCGUAUAAAAUAACAGCCGAAGAAAUGUAUGAUAUAUUUGGAAAAUAUGGCGCCAUCAGACAGAUCAGAGUAGGCAACACACCUGAAACAAGAGGAACAGCAUUUGUUGUCUAUGAAGAUAUAUUUGAUGCCAAAAAUGCUUGUGAUCAUUUGUCUGGAUUUAAUGUUUGUAAUCGUUACUUAGUUGUUUUGUACUAUCAAUCAAACAAGGCAUUCAAGCGUAUUGAUCAAGACAAAAAACGUGAUGAAUUAGAUCGAUUGAAAAAGAAAUAUGGGGUUGCCACAGAUGAAAAAUAAUUGUAUAUUAUACAAGAUAUAAUGUAUUCUUGUAUAGUCCUUUAUAUACAAUUUUAUUUUAUUUUUA